CGGAAGCACACAGAGUAGAUCAAACUAUUUUUGUAGUAUUGAUAAGUUAUAAGUUAUAACUUAUAAGUGGCCUUACCACUUUUUGACUACAAUAAUUUAUACUUAUAAUUUAAUUUCAAUUAUUUACAAUUCGCUUGUUCAAUAAUCAACGAGCACUCGAGCAGUUAGAUUUAUUAAUGUUAUAACAAUAUAACUUAUAGACAAAUUAAAUAAAACCUUAAUAACAUAGCGUUUCAAAGGAUGAUAUAUAUAACAAGUGAAAUUAUAUAAUAUUUUAAUAUAUUCUGGCCUAAACAUUACAGAUAAUAUAAUACAUAAAUAGUUAACUAGUUUUAAUGGCCACUUUUAAUAAGAAAAACAAUAAAUAUGAUAUAUUGAAGUAUUCAGCUAGUAAAUAAAAGCGAAAUUCUCACAAAUAAUAGGUACGUACUUGGAAUUAAUUUUGUUAUGUGGUUGAUCAGGAAUUCACUGAUACCGAGAUACAGUUGAGUAAGAACGUGUCAGUUGUUCAGGCAAUUCCAUUUAUGAAGAUACAACAGCGAAGUGUGUCUUUUUGUCCAAACCAAUGUGGAGAUUCCAAGUACUUGGCAAAUUGUACGCAUACGGUCCGGAAUGGAUACAUCAAGCGUGUAACAACCAUGACUAUUUUAACUGUGGUGCCAAAUGAAAUCAUGGCCUGAUAGUAUCUAAAGGCUAAGAGUAUGUUAUUCCAGAGCAAGUAGACCCAGAGCGUGUAAUUUAUUUUAUGUAUUUCAUCAAAGUGGACGGUAUACGGCAGAAUAUGCCUAGGACUAUCAGGAUUAUCCAAUAAAAUUGUAUACAAUUGUAACGAUAGAACGGCUGCCGUAGUAAACCUCGUAACGCUUUCCAUUAUAUCACGAUUAUAAGUUUAUAGUAAUUAGUAUUGGAGGAAGGUAAUAAUAUAGACAUCAAUGAAAACACGGACACAUCAGAUAAAGAUCAUAAAGGUUUUAGUUCAGAUUAAAAGAACCUCACACACGAAAACGUUGAAUAAGGAAAAUGCCAAUUCAAUCUAAACAAAACAGGGUAGUGUUAGCAAUUGGUUGUUUUUUCCCACGACUAUGGAAAUUCAAAACGAAGUUUAUAGCUUUAUUCAAGUAUAUUUAAACAUUUUAUGGCGCACUAUGUUGUCCUUUGCCAUAUUGUGCUAAAACGAUUGUUCAUACAUUAUGAACGAGAAUAUUUAAAAUAUGAAAAAUAUUUUCGUAAAAAUAGAUAACUUAUGUCUUAUGUACGUUUAACGUUAAAUUAAGGUAGGUGUAUGUAUUAUGUGGUAAUCUUGACAACAAAUAGUGACCUAUAGCCAUUAGCCUUCUAACAAUUUCCAUUGAUACUGGUAUACUGCUACAGUGUAUUUACGUAUUAUAAAUAAUAGGUAUACAGUUUAGUUAUACACAGUUCAUAAUAUACUCCUAUACAACGUAUAAUAUGCAGGAUUGCAGGCGUGUAGCUAACGGCUGAUUUUUGUUUCUUAUAUUAUUAAUUAAUACUAAAAAAUUUCUAUAGAAACAUACUAAUAAGUUAAUGUAUAGGUAGGUACAUGCACUUUUUUUCUCAAUUCUCCAAUGAUUCGCCAAGAUUCAAUUUUAUCAAAGUAGGUACAAUAAAAUAAAUCGAAAUGGGCUAUUAUAAUAUAAUUCCAAAAAAAUCAAGUACGUUACAUGGUACAAAAAAGAAGAUUCACAUUAACUCAGUAGUUACAUUGUGUCAUUGUAUUAUUGUUUUCUUUUGGAUUAUUUGUACUAAUCCAUGGCCAAGUGAUUUUAGAGAUCAUGGUUUUCAUGUUUUACUGAAUUUGUUGAUAUAUUUGUUUUUUAUUAAUUUAUUGAACGGUUUGUUCUUGUACGAUGAAUAUAUAGAAAAUACGAAUGAAUACGAAGAAUAUGGACCCGUAUUCAAGCUAUGUAAGACAACUAGACACAUACUAUUUUGGACAUAUGGUUUCUUCAUACAUAUAUGGGUGAUUACAAUUGGGCUGCAGAAAUUGAAUACAGCUUUAGAAUUUAAAUUGGAUAGAUUUUACGUAAAACGAGUGUGUUUCCUACUUUGGAGUGUAAUUUUUUUUUGCAUUGAUGUAUAUUGGCUAAUGAAAACGUGUGUAUAUCAUCAAAUAAUUAAUGAAGAAACAGAAAAUACAGAUCAACAAAUAAUAAUAGUCAAAUCAAAUAAAUGA